AGAGGUCACCCUCAUCCCCUCAUCCUCCUUCUUCUUCACAAUUCAGAAUUUCACAGAAUGACAGAAGCUCUUCCUGUGAAUAUGAACGGCCUCACCGAGUUCUUCAUCAACUCGCUCGAGUUGCCUAACUCGAACGGGUCAACUCAGUUAAAGUACCCUUCUGAUUCCACUGAUUUCACCAAGGUCGAUCCUUCUCGCGUUUUCGUCCGCAAGGUCAGGCGCCUCAUCGUUAAGGUCGGAACUGCUGUAGUUACUCGAAGUGAUGGAAGAUUAGCGCUGGGCAGACUUGGGGCUCUCUGUGAGCAGCUUAAAGAGCUCAAUACCCUUGGGUACGAGGUUAUAUUGGUGACAUCUGGUGCAGUUGGUCUGGGCCGCCAAAGACUAGGAUAUCGCAGAGUGGCCAAUAGCAGCUUUUCUGAUCUUCAAAAGCCUCAAAGUGAGCUUGAUGGGAAAGCCUGCGCAUCGGUUGGGCAGGGUAGUCUCAUGGCUCUGUAUGAUACCAUGUUCAGCCAGCUUGAUGUCACUUCAUCCCAACUUCUUGUGACUGAUGGCUUAUUUAGAGAUGCGGGUUUCAGAAAACAACUGACGGACACAGUGAUGUCCUUAUUAGAAUUAAGAGUUAUUCCUAUUUUUAAUGAAAAUGAUGCCGUUAGUACCAGGAAGGCGCCUUAUGAGGAUUCUUCUGGUAUUUUCUGGGAUAACGACAGUUUGGCGGGUCUAUUGGCUUUGGAGCUGAAAGCCGAUCUACUUGUUUUAUUGAGUGAUGUGGAGGGCCUUUAUAGUGGUCCUCCAAGUGAUCCAAAGUCAAAGCUAAUUCACACUUAUGUGAAAGAGAAACACCAAGAAGAAAUUACUUUUGGAGACAAGUCCAGAUUGGGCAGAGGGGGUAUGACUGCUAAAGUCAAUGCUGCAGUUUGUGCUGCCUAUGCUGGAACACCGGUGGUUAUUACUAGCGGCUAUGCUACAGACAAUAUUAUUAGAGUGCUUCAAGGGGAGAAGAUAGGAACUGUUUUUCAUAAAGAUGCACAUUUGUGGUCAACCAUUAAGGAAGUGAGCGCACAUGAAAUGGCAGUUGCAGCGCGUGAUAGUUCUAGAAGACUUCAGGCCCUAGAGUCUGAUGAAAGGAGGAAAAUAUUGUUGUCGAUAGCUGAUGCAUUGGAGGAAAAUGAAAGCAUGAUAAGGCUUGAGAAUGAAGCUGAUGUUGCUGAGGCAGAACAGGCUGGGUUAGAGAAGUCACUGGUUUCACGUUUAACCUUGAAACCUGAGAAGAUCUCCAGCCUUGCGAAGUCUAUGCGCAUGCUAGCAGAUAUGCAAGAACCCAUUGGUCAAAUUUUAAAGAAAACAGAGCUUGCAGAUAAACUCAUACUGGAGAAAAUAUCAUGCCCUUUGGGUGUCGUGCUUGUUAUCUUUGAAUCUCGUCCUGAUGCCCUUGCUCAGAUAGCUGCAUUGGCCAUUCGAAGUGGAAAUGGUUUACUGCUUAAGGGAGGAAAGGAAGCCAAACAUUCGAAUGCUGUCUUACACAAGAUCAUUACUUCAGCCAUUCCAGAACAUGUUGGUGAAAAACUUAUUGGACUUGUGACUUCAAGAGAAGAAAUUCCGGAUCUGCUGAAGCUUGAUGAUGUUAUAGAUCUUGUGGUCCCAAGAGGAAGCAAUAAACUUGUUUCUCAAAUCAAGGAGUCGACAAAAAUUCCUGUUCUUGGCCAUGCUGAUGGAAUUUGUCAUGUAUAUGUUGACAAGUCGGCUAAUAUUGAUAUGGCUAAGCAGAUUGUUAGAGAUGCAAAGAUUGAUUAUCCUGCUGCAUGUAACGCAAUGGAAACACUCCUUGUGCACACGGAUCUAACGCAUAAUGGUGGGCUUAGGGAACUCGUUGCUGAACUCCGAAAAGAAGGUGUUAAACUAUAUGGUGGACCAAGAGCCUCUGGCUUGUUAAAUAUUGCUAAAACCGAAUCCUUCCACUAUGAGUACAGCUCACUGGCUUGCACAAUAGAAAUUGUAGAUGAUGUCUUUGCUGCUAUUGAUCACAUACAUAAACAUGGAAGUGCUCAUACUGAUUGCAUUGUUACUGAAGACUCAGAAGUUGCUGCUACUUUCCUUCGUCAAGUUGAUAGUGCUGCUGUAUUUCAUAAUGCAAGUAGCCGGUUCAGUGAUGGAGCACGCUUUGGCCUUGGUGCAGAGGUUGGAAUAAGCACAAGUCGAAUCCAUGCCCGAGGUCCAGUGGGAGUUGAGGGUUUGUUAACAAAUAGAUGGAUAUUGAGAGGCAAUGGGCAUGUGGUAAAUGGUGAUCGAGGAAUAACAUACACACACAAGGAGCUGCCUCUAAAUGCAUAGGUUAUAGGAUAUUACAAUUGGGAUUAGAUCAAUCUACUAGUAGUUUUCUUUCCUUCAAUUUUAAGAUACAAUGUUUGUGCUGUAUAAUUAGUUUGCAUAUUAUGACUAUUAAUUACAAUUAAUUUGCCCCUCUUCCAGAAUUUUUUUUCUUAUCUGGAGCAUCGUCAGGGGAAAGAAAUAGUUCGAGGAACUAUUAAUUAGGUGAACUUUUCCAUGAUGGAUGGAUAUCUGAUUACAUUUUAUCCCGAAUAAAUUAUAUUAAAUUA